AUGGACACCACUUCGCAACGAGGUGCCAGUCCUACUGUCAGCACGUCGCAGGAAGAGCGGGACCGCAAUGUGUUGCGUCUCGCCCCCGAGAAGAAGGCAUGGAUGCCUCCAAAAUCCGUCAUGGAUCACUUGUCGGCGACGACGAGUGAUCGUUAUCGAACACGAUUGUUCGAUUCGUCAAGGAUCCAUCGCCUUGACCCCAGCGCGAAAAACUAUCACACUGAGCAUGAAUUCUUCAUCGAUGCUUUCUUUAGACAUCGAUGGUACAGUGGGAAUCACAAACGUGAUGGUCCCUCACUGCUUCAAGCGUGGAACGCCUACAUCCAUAACCUUGAGGAUGUAGGUCGUGACGUUUGGAACGAUAAACUUAUCAAAGCUCGUGAUAAGUUUGAAAAGCGAACCCCGACAGGUGCACGCUACAAGCUGCAUCGUCUGUCAAGGGAGAAAGGAUUACCCUGUCUCUCCUGGGGAGACCCGUGCCCUUGUCGUGUGAACAACUCUGCACGAGCACCUAAGGAGGCUUACCUCCCUAAUAGCCCGUGGUGGCGCGAUGUGCCGCGUCGUACUGCUCAACCAGACCCAGUACGUCGAUCAUCAGUUGGGAGCGGGGCUCCCGAGAAUCCCAGGACGGGGGAUAGCCGCGCCACCGGACGAGAUAACUCGUCCGACGUCCGUUCACGUUGCGGUGGUUCAACAGCUGCUCAACUAGAUAGCGCUGGCCACCGCGAGAUUCCUCUAAUGGAGGUGGAGGAGGAGGAAAGACGCUCUCCACACGAUCAUGGGGAUCCAUGUGUUCCCGAGAGCUUCUUUAAUCGCGUAACGCAAGGGUUACGCGACGAUCUCGCGCAUGAGCGGAAUAGGCGUCUCCAACUGGCGCACACUGUCUCGAAGCAUCGAGCUGAGUUUGCCUUUGCUCAGCUUAAGAACGAGAGAGCUCUGACAUCUCUGCGUGACGAGCUAAUGGUAGCUCGUGGGAUUGCUGAUCGGUCUCGGGCAGAGACAACUGCUCUCCAGACCCUUGUCGAUGCCCAUCAUCGGGAGCACAAGGCUCUCUGCGAGAUGCUUGAGCGCAAGGGCGUUCUUCAUCGGAAGAAGCAGCGUACUGAUGGUACGGCUUAA